CCCCUCUUUUGUCCCCAACCCCACCCUAAAAAAUGAUUAGAUUGCAAUUUGCAAAUUGAAUUAUUGUUAUUAUUUUUUUGCUGAAACAAAGAUGUAAUCUUGCACAUCUCUAUGUAGGUGAGUUAUGAGUAGGGGACCCCUCUUUCUCCCUCUCUCUCUAUUGUGUAUAAAAUGUAUGUUGAGGAUUGAGGAAUAUAUAUUAUCCAAUAGAGUUGCCAAUUAUUUUUAACAUGUAAAAGUUCAGAGACUACUGUGAAACAAUGGUCAUAUAUACCUCCAAAAUAGUGUAGUAGCCUUUUUUCCAAACUAGCACCCUAGCCCUGACCCCACUCUCACAACACACUCAGAAUACACUAUUGCUACAACCAUCUAGCUUUUGCCAGUUGCCACUUAUUGAUCCAUGAUGGAGUCUUUGUCAGAGAAUGAAUGGCUGAGAAGACCAAGUCAGUCUUCUGCUCCUUUUGCUUGUUUGUAAGUUGUAAAAGCCUCCCCUCAUUUACUUCUCUAGAGCUCAAAUAUCUGCUGCUUUUGAUUGUGGAUGCAUGUGGGCAUCUUGUUUGCUUGUUUCCCCUCCUCCUUGCUUGCUCAAAGGCUUUAUCUUUAGUAUAUCUUGGUGCAUUAUUGGUGGCCUCCACUGCUAUUUCACUGAUGUACUGUUUUGCAAGAACCUAAUUAGCUGUUGUGGGCUAUUGGCUAAUCCCUGCUUCAUUUCUGAGGUAUAUUCAUUAUUCACUGCCCAUGCUCUCUAAUGGAUUUCUUUGCCUUUUCUCUGGUGCUGUUUUGUUUUCAUUUUCUCCCCCACUUGUACAAGAACUUUUCCAACCUUUUGUGAUAAUAAUGGGUAUUUUUGUUUUACUACUGUUAUAACAAUCAAGUUAAGUGUACACAAAAGGAAGUCAUGACCUUUCUUUUUUUCUUGUUUGCUUUCUUUUUUGUUUUGUGGUAAGAACUGUGACUUGCAAGACUUAGUGCUUUGAGCUUCCUCUCUUUUGAUAAUCAGACAAAGUGGGGUUUCAAAGCUUGCAAAUUAUUCUCUUUUCUGUUUUUUUUUUUUUUCCCUUUUUCCAAAGUUCUUUCUUGGUAGAUAACUGUUCCUUUCCUUAGCUCUGCUUCCUCUUUGCAGAUAUGGGUUUUCAAUAAUUUCAUCUUUCUGUAUCAAUUAGCAGAAAACUUUUCCUGAACUGAAAUUUCAAUUAGAUCAACUUUAUGCCCCCCCCCCCUCCCCCCCCUCCCCCAUCUGAAUAAGCAUUUCAUCUUGACUGGCAUGGCCUAACUUGAAAUUAUGCCCAGUGAGUUAUGCAAUUUGUUGUGGUUGAUUGUAUUAUUUAGCUGAAUAUUUCUUCUUGUGUGAUGAACUUUUCAAAUUUCUUUCAAAGUACAUAGCAUUUCUUGCUUCCAGGCAGGUAGAUAGCUUGCUUUAAAUGGCUGAUAUGUUCAGACUGUGAUCUCCUACCGACACUCUCGAGUUUCUUAAAUAAGCCUGAAAUAUAAAAUUAAAACUCUUGUCAGCUUUCAUUCUGAGGUAGCUAAUUUUAGAGCUAAUUCAAUUAAUAUUCACUUUGCUCUCAAUCCAAAUUGAAGGAUUUAUUAAUGCUUUUGACUCCCAUGACUUAAUAUCUUAAAGCAUUUGUCAUCUUGGCUGGUAUAAUCAUAUUGUUUGGGCUAUAUAUACUGAUAUACAUACAUAUGUUGUUUGUUGUCUUAUAGUUCAAAGUGAAGGACAAAGGUGGAAGAUUGUGAAUCAUUAGAAUAGAAGUUUUAUGUCUGCUUAUCCAAAUCCUCCUAAGCCCUGCCUUUUGAUUUGGUAUUAUUAGCAUUAGGUUGAUGAGUAAAUCAAGAAUGUGAUUGAGAGAGGACUUGUCUGCAAUAUGAAAAGAAUUUGUUUGAAGGGAAAUAGAACCCCGAGUUGUCUCUGUCGACUACUGUUUUGGAAAUUGGCUUGCAAUUUCUUGGUGUUCUCAUAUAGACUUGUUUGACUUAGUAGAGGCAGAGUGAGCAGGUAAAGAAAAGGGCCAAACCUAUAGGAUUUGGAACUUGGAAGGCUUUAGUGUGAAGACGUUUUUUGUGUUUCUGUGAUGGAAUCGUCGUCAUCUUUGUCUGGAUCAUCGAAGAGGGCCAAGGCGCCAGGCAGUGUCGGGCAGGUAGCUCAUUGCUUGGUUGAUGGGUGUAACGCUGACCUGAGCCGGUGCAGAGAGUAUCACCGCAGGCAUAAAGUUUGCGAGCUCCACUCGAAGACCCCAAAGGUCACGAUUGGGGGUCGAGAGCAAAGAUUCUGCCAACAGUGCAGCAGGUUCCAUUCUUUGGCGGAGUUUGAUGAGGUAAAACGAAGCUGCAGGAAACGGCUGGAUGGGCAUAACAGGCGUCGAAGGAAGCCUCAGCCCGAGAGUCUUUCGAAAAGUUCAGGAAUGCUGUUUUCGGGUCAACAAGGCACUGUAAUUGCAGGUGCUAAACUUCUGUCAUUUAGUAGUUCACAAAUAUUUCCAACUUCCAGUGUUAGCUCUACCUGGCCAGGGUUUUCCAAACCUGAGAAUGAUGUGGUUCUGUACAGCAAUAACCAAUCCCAAUCCCACUUAAACUACAUUAUUGAUACCCAAAACUCAUUCCCAGAUUCUUGUGCCCAAUUUAAAGGGGUGAUGAACCAGUUUCAGUUCAUGCAAGGCAGCAGCGAGGCGUCCUCGAUCUCCCAACAACAACAACAACAACAACCGCUCGUUGAUCACAAUUCAGCGCGGGGAAACAGCAGCCAGAAGUUGUUUGCUGCUGCUGGAUUGUCGUCCCGAAUCGUGGACUCUGAUCGUGCUCUCUCUCUUCUGUCAUCAGCGUCGUCGUCGUCUGUAAAUAGGGAGAUCGGCCUGAGCCACGUGGUGCAGCCCGAGGUUAUCCCCCACCCCCUGCACUACGGGGGCCUCAUCAGCCACUACCCUUUCGCCCACGAAAUCGAGACCAAGCCUGCAGGCGUUUCUGCUGCUGCUGCAGACUGCCACGCCAUCAAGAACACCGCCCGCCUCCAAUUCCACAACGUGAUCCAAAACGCCCCGACAACUGAUGUUUCGUCCUCAGGUGGACCUCACCAGACACACACAUUCAUCUGGGAGCAAGACUAGGUUUGCAAAUCUUGAGGGUGGCCUACUGUUAUCUAAUAAACCUUUUUUUUUUGGGUGUUUGGUAUUGGAUUCUUUGUCACCCCUCAAACAAAGGGGGCAUGAUGUUACAGAAUAUCUCUUUGGCUCCUUGCAAUCAAAUGCCUUCCUUUCAGAUGAUCAACAUUUCUGGCCUUAAUUAGCUUUCUGCUGCAAUCUCAGCUUUUCUGUCUUGUGUGUUCAUAUUGCUAUAUAUGCAACAGUGUUUAGUUUUUCAUUACAAUAACAGAUUAUGCAGCAGAUUAGAAUUGGCUUAUUAUGACAGCUAAAUUGAAAUAUCAACAUCAUUGAGUUAAUUCUUGAAA